AGCGUCACAUCAAAUGUUUAUGUGUACUUGUUUUCAGGUUUAUCGUUUUGGAAGAUUGUUUACAUAUUAUGGAUGUGGAUGAAUUGGAUGUUUGGAUGAAUAGUAAAAUGGAAACAAUUGGUAUUAAGAAAUGUCCAUUUUGUCGUACACCGAUUAUAAAAACUUUCCGGUAUAAGGAUCUUAUAAAUAAUACGCUGAAAAACGAAAUUGAGCCUAUAAAACAAAAAUUAUACGGAACACCAAACGAAAUCAUGGCCAAAAAGACGGAACUUUUAGAAAAACUUGCCAAUUUUUGUUUGGACCAUCCUGAUAUUAUGAACGAUUCAUUGCACUGGAGAAGGGCGUUUCAUACACUUGAAAAAUUUAUUAAAAAUAACAAAAAGUCCUCACUUAUGCAAAUAGAAAUUAAUUUAUUGUAUCUUAAUAUAUUAAAAAUGCUUUCAGAAAUGUAUGUUGAAUAUAAAAAGAAUUAUUUUUCUUCGUUGGAGUCCUAUCUGAACAUACAGAUUGAUAUGUUGUGUGAUGUUCUUAUAAAAAAUGUUAAAAAAUUUAGCUAUCAACAACAAAAUGAUAUUAAUAAUGAAAUGAAACGCGUUCACGCAAUUAUUCAGUUUAGUAAAAUUAUAGAUACUCCUAUUUUUAAAGCAGUAAAAAACGAUGUCGUGACAACAAAAUAUAAAGAGGCGAAAGACCUGAUAUUAUGUUGCAAAAGAUAUAACGAAAAACAAAGUAUGGAGGCCUUGGAUAUCUUACAGAAGGCCUUUAACAUAAAUGUGGUUAGUAAAAAAGAAACGGAAAUGGUAUUAAAAGCUGUUGGAUUAAAAGCUGGGCAUUGGUUUAAAUGUCCUAAUGGGCAUUUUUAUUGUAUUGGAGAAUGUGGGGGAGCAAUGGAAGUAGGUAAGUGCCCUGAAUGUGGCCAAGCAAUAGGCGGAAGUAGUCAUAAAUUACUUGAUAGCAAUUCCCAUGCGAAAGAAUUGGAUGGUUCCCAAUUUCCAGCGUGGUCUGAGGAAUAUAAUAAUAUGGGUAACUUUUUAUUAUAAUUCCAUUAAUCCUCAAAAUGAAAGUACACCGUACUGUAAAUUGAUAUAAUCAAUCGAUAAUUUUAAUUGAGAUUUCCAUAUACCCUUGAUUAUAUAACCUUCUUUCCUCGAUUCUAAUUUUUAAGUGUAAUUUUAAUAAAUAAUUUUAAGUUUAUUAAUGGUUCAUAAAGAUACUCCACGAUUUUCAGUUGUAAAACUAGUAUGAUUAUAAGAAUGAAUAGGUAUUUUUCUUUGUUUACAUAAAAUAAAUAUUCAGACAUAAAA